CUACCCCGCGCGCGCGCGGCGGGACGGCGCGGAGCGGAGAAAAGCGCGGGCGGGGCGGGCGCGGAGGUCCCGCCGGUGCCCCCGCCGCCAUGCACAGGAAACACCUCCAGGAGAUCCCGUCCUCCAGCAGCAAUGUUUCCACCAGUUUCACCUGGGACUGGGACUCCAGCAAGACCUCGGAGUUUCUCUCUGGCAUGGGAGUGUCUGUCCUUAAGAAGGACAAGCUGGGCAAUGAGAACACACCGCAGGACCUGCUGGUGCCAUCGUCCUGCCCUCCCCAGAAGCGGCAGAAGGUGAAGGAGAAGGAGAAGGACUUUUUCAUAGUGCGCCGGCCUCGGCUGCUCCGAGAGGUGGAGUCAGGUGUUUCAUGGGAUGCACUUCCAGAUGAAUUGCUUUUGGCAAUCUUUUCCUAUUUGCCCCUAAGUGACUUGCUCAGAGUUUCCCUGAUUUGUAAGCGAUGGCAUCGUCUUUCGUUUGAUGAAUCUCUCUGGCAGACUCUUGAUCUGACUGGUAAAAAUCUGCUACCAGGAGUGAUUGGACAGUUGCUGCCUGCAGGUGUUACUGUAUUCCGCUGCCCAAGAUCGUGUGUUGGGAAUCCAUUGUUUAAAACAAGCAAACCUCUGAGAGUGCAACAUAUGGAUUUGUCAAACUGCACAGUGUCUGUUGCCGAUCUCCAGAGUAUUCUUUGUCUGUGUGAAAGGCUGCAGAACCUCAGCCUAGAGGGACUAGUUCUUUCUGAUGACAUUAUCAGGAGCAUUGCUAAGAAUCCCAGUUUGAUUCGACUAAAUCUCUGUGGGUGCUCAGGAUUUUCUGCAGAAGCCUUGGAGCUGAUGUUGAGCAGCUGUUCUUUGUUGGAGGAGCUGAACUUGUCCUGGUGUGACUUCACAGCCACUCAUGUCAAAGCAGCAGUCAGUCAUAUUACAUCAAAAGUAACCCAAUUAAAUUUAAGUGGAUACAGACAGAAUCUACAAAUACCAGACGUCAAAACACUGGUGGAAAGAUGUCCUUUGCUCGUCCAUUUAGAUCUAAGUGACAGUGUGAUGUUGAAGCCUGAGUGCUUUCAGUAUUUUCACCAGCUCAUCUUUCUACAACAUCUGUGUCUUAGCCGAUGUUACCAGAUAUCACCUGCAGCCUUAGUAGAACUUGGUGAAAUUCCAACAUUAAAGACUCUUCAGGUAUUUGGAAUAGUGACUGAUAGCUCCCUACAGCUCCUCAAGGAAGCGCUUCCUGACAUGAAGAUCAAUUGUUCCCAUUUUACAAGUAUUGCAAGGCCAACUAUUGGCAGCAAAAAGAACCAUGAGAUUUGGGGCAUCAAAUGCAGAUUAACACUGAGAAAUCCUAGUGGCUUAUGAUCAUGUACAACGCACUGGAUGUGAUGGACAUGCUGUGUAGUGAAGCUCCUUAUGAAGCAGAGUGCUGGAGCACCUUUAAUCAUAGUACUGUUAUUGUGAAAAGCAUUCUAACUUGGUCUUAUGCGUUAAUGUAGUUUCAUAAAUAUUUGUAGUUUCACAAUUUUUUUUUUUACUCAAAGCCUUUAGAACUCUAAUCUGUGAGCAAUUGUAGUUUGUUUGUUGUUUUUUUUUUAACCGGAGAGCUUUUUUUAAAAAUACUAUGAUAGUCUCAUUGUAAUUAAACAAUGCCAGCCUCUGGCAACUGUUGGAGGUCCUGAUGCAGCUUUUGUUGCUCCAAGGUGUUCUAAAGGUGCUUUUGAUUAACUCUUCCAGCUCUACAGCUCCUGAAAUGGGUUGUAGAGGUGCUAGGUAUCUUAAGGCUUAUUAGGGAAUUGUUGUCUUCUGAGUUUACAGAAUUCAAAAUGAAUAAUGGCAUUAAACUUAAUCAAGUCCUUAACUGAAUAAGAUGCACAGUAAAGAUGAGAAGCUAACCACUGUCUGGGAGAGGGACAGUCUGAACUUGCUAAGUGUGAAAUCACUAAAGAGGGGAAGGGCUGUCUACACAAAAGUAGCUAUGAGACAGCUCAAUACUGUGGACAUCAAGCAGCAGUAUAAAGGAGCUACAGUGAUGUUGUUCUUUAGCAGGCCACAAGGCAACAUCUGGUUUUAGUAUUCUUCAUUGUUAACAAAAUAUAGUCAGAAAACCCAUUCAGAAUAAGCAUCUGUAAAAUUAGAUGCUGGUUAUCAAUUGUUUAAUGUUGUGGUGUUCUGAUUAAAUAUUACAAGACAAUGUAGGUUCUGUGACCUUGAUCUCAGAUGAAACUACUUUAAAAUGUUCUCUUCCUUCAAAAAAUAAGAUCUUUCAGCUGCAACUGAUAGAUUGGCAAAAAUCUUGCAGGACUCAAAUGGCUCUCAGACCAAAACCUGGGACUACAGCAUGAAUGCUGAAAGGAAGAGAUGCUUUGGUGCUAUCAAGAGAUACCUUGUUUGUAGUAUCAUUUCACUUCUUGUAUCUCCCACACUAGGUACUACUGUCUCGUGUUGGGUUUUUUUAGUCAUAUGAAAAGCUGAGUAACUGUCAAAAAAACCCAAACAGGUAGUGCUCUAAAAAUUUUGAUCUGAUCAUCAGGGUCCUCAUGCAUAAGCCUGGAAUGUUUCAUGGGUAUGUUAGUUGAGAAGUCUGAGAGCAAAACUUGCACACUAUGUAGGGCAUGUAUAUGCUGCUGCUGCUGUUUGCAUUAGCACAGUAAGCAAGUAGGCACUUGUUUUGUUCAUGAAUGUUUGUUAGCCUACAGCAUCACAUUAGGGCUGUUCCACAGGGGUAGUGUUUCCCAUCUCAAUCUGAAGAGUUCACGCAUAAGUAUCUGGUGGCACAGAGCAGAUUAAUUACUGUGGAAAGAUUGUAUUAACUUGAUUCAUUUUGUUUUAACUAUUUUCUACAGUAUAGCAAAUAGAGCACUAUCUUGUUUAUUUGUUCUAAGUGGGUUUGUUUUAUAUUAAAUUUAACAGAGUCUAAGUAACACUUUAGUCACUAAUAUACUGCCUACUCACUCCUUUGUAAGGCACACAAGCCUAUGUUCUGAAAGCUGGAGUGCAGAAGUGAUGGGAGGUUUGGGGAUGCUGGAUACUCUUAACGCUUCAGUUUGCAGCCUUAGAUUUAUGCCUUAAAUUACUUAUGGAAAAAAGUAAAAUCUUUGCAGUAAAGCACUGUUUGUAAAUGCUGCUUCUCCCUAUGCACAUGUAAGCCCAUACAACUUCUCUUGCAUUUAAUAAAGAUCUAAGGAACUGCUAA